AUGAAGAACCAAAUUUCUUCAGCUAUUGUUUUCCUCCUCUUCCUUGUUUUCACAAACUAUUGGCUAAGCAUUGAAGCCCAAACCUGCAAACCCAGUGGUAAAAUCAAAGGCAAAAAUCCACCACCAAAUCAAUGUAAUCAAGAGAACUACUCUGAUUGCUGCCAAGAUGGCAAAACCUACCCAACCUACAAGUGCUCACCAAAAGUUAUUGGCCACACAAAGGCAACCUUGACAUUGAACAGUUUUGAGAAAGGUGGAGAUGGCGGGGCCCCAUCUGAAUGUGACAAAAAGUACCACUCGGACAACACCCCAGUGGUUGCGCUCUCCACAGGUUGGUUCAACAACAUGAAGAGGUGCCUUCAGAACAUUACCAUUUCUGGCAAUGGCCGGAGCGUCAACGCCAUGGUCGUCGACGAGUGUGACUCCACCAUGGGGUGUGAUGCUGAUCAUGAUUACCAGCCACCUUGUCUUAACAACAUUGUUGAUGCUUCUAAAGCUGUUUGGAAGGCCUUGCAAGUCCCUGAAAAUGAUUGGGGUGAAUUAGAUAUCUAUUGGAGAGAUGCUUGA